GCAGAACAGACAGGUCCGGCUGACGCUGAAGAUAAAGACUUUGCGAGCAGUGGUAUCCAUAGCAAAAGUUGAUCGGCAUAGAAACCAGCACAGAAAUUGGAUUUCUGACUGAAGAUGGUGUAGUUACUUAAGUACUUUCUGCACAGAAUCAGGCAGGCAGCUCGCCUUGGGAAGCAAACAGUUCGGUUUGCGCGACCCGCACUAAACCCAUCAGAAUUUUUGCAUCAAAGCCAGAUAAAAAAUUUGAAUGACACGCGCCACGGCAUCUUUUUCGAGGUAAAAUAUGGGUCAACUUCUUUCGCGUAGGAUACACAACUCUGAGUCACGAGUUGUAGAAACAUGUAGCGAAGACGAGGCCUCGGAUGAGGAAAGCACGUCUGAUGGCGCCCGAUCACGUGCCCCCUCAUCGCUAGCUGGACGUCGACCCUGCUCAUCAGUAGGCGGGUCCAGUGUGGCAGGCCUUGAUUGGAGGGUUAUCGAACGAGAGGAUCGCGAAAGGAAGCAAGCUGCCCUUGAGGCAACAGAAAAUCCUGCGUCAGCGGAAGAGGAUUCCGACGAAGAGUCAUUCUGCCGUAGCAGUAUCUCGAGUCUGGAGGACGAAUCGGACAGUGAAAAGGAAGAUUCUCCAGAAGUACCAACACAAUCAGGGCUGAGUGCGCCGUGUGCCGCCGAGCCGAAAAAUACUGUCGAGGAGAUGCUGACUGCGCAGAAGGGUCAUACUUUGUUGCUGUCAGGCACGGAUGACGUAGGGACAAACUGUUCUUUGUCACUCGUUGAGAACAAAAGCGCCGAUUCGAAACUUCGUGAAGUAGAUGAUGUAGGCUUUUCUACUACGCGAUUUGACUCUUCUGACACCGCCACCGCAUCGGUCCUGGACGGAAAGACUAUAAACAUCACUUCUUCUGUGGUCGCACCGAGCCGACUUCCUGACGCAGCACCAGAGGGUGAUGGCCGGCACGAGGUUGGUGCAGAGACAGGGAAAGCUGACGCAGCGCCAGAAUGUGAUGUGCGACAAGAGAAUGCUCAUGCAGAGGCAAAUAAUUCCUCGGCACUGACACCAUGUGGUUUUGCAGCGACUAGUGAUGUUGCGGAGUCGGAUCAUCUCCAAAACGUUGAUAUGGACACGGCGUCUUCAACAGCGAAAAGCGCGCCGCUCUCAACCACAGAGCAACCCCGUCUCGCCCCAGAAAGGCCGUGCAGUAGCAGCU